AAAAAUAAAUGUAACUUAUGAAAAUAUAAAUCAUAUCAUAUUAUAAAUUAUUACUGUUUAAUUAUGUAUCAUUAUGUGUGGGCUGUUAUAUGUUACAAUGUGUGUAAAUGACGUCUAAUGUUUAGCUCUGAUCCUUUUAAGUCAAAUUAUCCUCAGAAUGCAAAAUGCAGGAAGUUUUUUUUUUCAUUGCACCAUUGAUACUACUUCCUCAUAUAUUUAAGAGGAGUACAAUGCUAUCGAGCCAAACACUUGCUUUACCUCAAGCCAUCUUGCAGAAACGUUCACAAAAAUAUUUAAUAAAAAUGCACAUAAACAACGCUAAUUCAUGCAGAACCAAGUACUGUAAGUAAGGCUUUCAGUUUCAUAUUUUAGUGAAUUUUUAAUUCUCUUGAAAACAAAUUGUGGUGUUAAAGAGGAAGAACAAACUCUGCAAAGACCAGGAAAUAGUAAUCGUAGCAGCAGCAUAUUGUUCGUUAUUCAUUCACUUAUUUAUUUAUCUUACAUUUUUAAAUGCUGUUUAUUUAUUGUUUUUAGUCCAACUUUCAAGCAGGUUUUUUUGUGAUGCUGGGAGCUUUAAAGCACUUUUUAAUUAUAUAUUUUUAUUAUAUUAUACAACGUUUAAUAUUUGUGAUGUCUGUACAGUAUAUGUGAACCCACAACACUGCAAAUCAAGUCUACUUACGGGUGCAAAUAAAGUUGACCUGAGCUGACCUGAUGGGCGAUAGCUGUGCCAACGAAACUGCAGUCUCAGCCGUCAUCUCCACAGUCGCGCUGCGCAUCUCCAUCAGUCUCCAACAGCAAACUCAUGUCCCCAUCACAGAAACACAGCAAGAAGGCCCUUAAACAGGCACUCAAACAGCAGCAACAGAGGAAUCAACGGAGGCAGUGUGGAAUUCCCACCACCUCAAGUUCACGGCUGCUCCUCAAGACUGUCAAAGACAUGAGUCACGACACAUCUGCCUCCAAAGCCCCAUGGGAGCUCAAACAGACCGAGCGCUGCCCUGCCAGUCCACAGAAUUCUACCUCCAGCUCAUCGUCCUCUGUCAAAGCAGACGUGUGCCACACGACCGGUGCCCGGAAGGUGUCUCAACGCUCCAGUCGGCUCAGCGCCAGACAACUGAGGCGUACAAAGUGUGAGAUAGAUGUUGAAACACCAGACUCCAUCCUCGUCAACACCAACCUGCGAGCACUAAUCAAUAAGCACACGUUCUCACUGUUGCCUACAGAGUGUCAACAGAAGCUUCUUAAGAUGCUCCCAGAGGUCGACCAGCAGGCUAGUAUGGAUGGAGUGUUAAAGGUGACCAGUUCUACUUUGAACAAUGAGUUCUUUACAUCUGCCGCACAAUCUUGGAAAGAAAGGCUGGCAGAGGGUGAGUUCACCCCUGAGUUGAGACUGAGAAUGCGACAGGAAAUUGAGAAAGAAAAGAAGGUGGAGGCUUGGAAGGAACAUUUCUUUGAGAGCUACUAUGGUGAACAUUCUGGAUUAACUAUAGAAGAAUCCACACAGAUGAUAGAGGCUGAUGAUGUUCCUGAACCAGCUAAAAGCACAGUCCCAUCAGAAAAGCCACAGAUUGUCAAAGAAUCACAAAAGAAAAGCCCAGUGGUGGAGGUCAGCCACAUGGAGUUAAGGUCCAGAGAUGUGAAACCAGCAGUAACACAUUCCUCCCAUGAAGAGCAAGUGAAACAUUCAGCUCCAGAGCAAGUACAAUCACCCCCAGACGAGAAAGAAACAACGGGAGAAUUGACUGCAAAGUCUCCCGUUCAGAAAACAGAGGAGACCACAGCACCCGGUGAAACAACACAAGAGAACGAGAUCAGAUGUAAGACCCCGGCAUCUCCUUUAGAAGCAGCGGUCACCUGUUUGAAAGAAAUGGAGACACCGACCACUAAAGAAGAAAUCACUGUGGCUGAGGUUGGACAGACCGUAAUGGAGAGGAAUAAGCCUGGAUCUCCGAUACCUGCUGUCACAUCAGAACAUCUGAAGAGGAAACUCUCCAGUGAACAGGAAACAGAACUCGGAAUAGAGAAAAAGCCUCGGGUCACUCCAAUAGAAACGUCGCCUCCAGCGACAGCUAAAGAAACAGUAGAACAGAGAGUACCUCCCCUCAAAAUACCAGUGUCAAGAAUUCUUUCUGCUCCUGCAUCAAUUGAGCAGACACCCCCAAGGACUCCCAUCCCCUUGACACCACCUAGCGUUCGGCCUGGUCGCACUGGAGCACGCACUCUAGCUGACAUCAAGGCAAAAGCCCAGUUAGCGCGGGCACAGCGCGCUGCCGCAACAGCGGCCAGCUCUUCUUCCUCAAGAGGAACUGGGUCAAGUGGAGGUACUUCCACACCCUCCCCAGCUCGAUCCCUGUCUGAAGAAUUUUCACCAGCAAGUAGCAGAAGUCAAUCUGUGUCACCCACAAAGCAGAGCUCUGGAUCUCCUGUACCCGAAGCUCUUUCACAAAUUCCUCCCUCCUCAGGUUCUUCCGGACACACUGAUCUUGGUUUUACUCAAGGCCUCUGUGCAAACCAGACUCGCUCUUUGAUGGAGUCUCAAACCACUCCAGGUACACUAAACCCAAUGCUGAAAGAACAAUAUAACGUUCUUAGUGGUGGAGGAACGGUCGCACCUUCAAAUCAGCCAGAAAACCUGACUGCGACAAGCGCAAUUGCACAAAACCAGAGAGCACAGCAGACGCCUUUGUCGGGGUUGUCAAAGACCAAGUUUAGUUCUACAAUCCCUGCAAAUAAUCCACUGGUCACCCAGCUCCUUCAAGGUAAAGAGGUUCCUAUAGAAAAGAUCCUCCCAAAGCCACUAUCCAAGAAUGAGGUUCAGUCUGUAGCCAUUUCUGCCAGAGAUAAAGGAAACAUUAGUACCACAGCUGGGUUAAAAAAAGAGAACCAAGAAGAUAUCAGCAGAUUUGGGCACCAAGUUUCGUCUGGUUCAUCUACGAUGCAAGGCAGAUCUGCAGUAAGUGUGGACAAACUGGUCACUCAGGACCAGAUCCUCUAUCCGCUAAGGUCCAAAUGCGAGCAGAAAAACACCACCUCGAGCUCUCAGCUUUCCCAAUUUCGGUCCUUUCAGUUAGGACACCAUGAGAGCAACCAAGAGCAGGUGAGUACCCAUGCGGGCAUCUUUGGACGGAAGAGGAAGUCCAAGCCAGCAAUGACAGGACACUACCUCCUAAACGUCUCCACUUACGGUAGAGAGAGCAGCAAAAGGCCACAUCCAGCUAAUAACACAACCCUUGCCAACUUGAAGAAAGAGAAAAAAGAAGCAGAAGAGAGCGUAAAAGAAAAAAACGAAUCAAUAGGAAGCUCCUCUGGAGAACAACGGAAUUCCCCAAGGGUCAAAGUGGAACCGCAGGGAUAUUUUAGCAUGGAUCAGGGUGUCGCACCACCACCCAGUUCCAACGUGAAAUCUGAAUCUUCAACCAGCUGUUUAUCCAACAAAGAUGACAGCACUUCUACUAGAACCAAAGAAACUUGCUCAAGAAAGCAGUUUGAUAUCUGCAGCGGUAUACAGGGUAACACAGAGCCAUAUCAGUUAGCGGACAGUCACCAAACACACAAUGGCCAAGAACUCGCCAUUGGCCCACAGUACGGCGGGACCAUUAGCAUGACUGUUCCACACACACUCAACAUCACCGACACUCCAACCUCUUCAACCGUGUCCUGCAGCGGCGACGGCGAUCCGGCAGGUGGAAGUAUGAUGUCUUUUUCCGUUACUGUCACUGCCAUACCUGCUGGUCACCUCUUAGAUCAGAGCACCCAGGGUGAGACAUCACCUCAACAAGCCUUUAUCGAAACCUCUGGGAUGGAGGACGUCAAAUCAAAGUGCUACUGUCGGCUAAAGGCCAUGAUUAUGUGCAAGGGAUGUGGCGCAUUUUGUCACGAUGACUGCAUCGGGCCAUCCAAACUUUGUGUCUCGUGUUUGGUGGUACGAUAGUUGUCGUGAUGAUUAACAGCAACAGUGAGCAUUGAGCAAAAAGCAAUCAUAGGGACAGUUCACCGAAAAAUGAAAAAUCUGUCAUGAAUUACUCUCUAGUUGUUCCAAACCUGUAUAAAUUUCUUUGGUUGAACACAAAGAAAGAUAUUUGGAAUGUUAGCAACUGACAUUUCUGGGACAUCAUUGACUACCAUUGUAGAAAAGGUGAAUGGUGCCCCAUAACUUUUUGUUUUCCUAUAUAUGUUGUAUAUCUACUAGAGGGUUAGUAAAUCAUGACAGAAUUUUGAUUUCUGGGUGAACUAUCCCUUUAAGGGUAACAGAAAUGCAUGUUGCCAGCGGUGACUCUUGAUGUGGUAAGCUAGUUGUGUAUCCGUUGUUUUGAGAGGCAGGCUGUUGUGCUGUUAUUCUGUUUUUUCACACAUACAGAACACAUUUAGCAUGGUAGAUGGGCUGUGUAGUAUGUGCAAUGCAGAUUAAUUCUCUCUCAGUGAGCACCUUGUUUUAAACUCAACUCAUUGAAUAGUGGCAAUAUUAAGGCUCGUUCUUUUUCUGUUAUAGUUUUCUGAUAUAUCAUUUUUAAAAUGAAAAUCAUUAUACUACUAUUUUUGUAGAUGUAAAAAUCGUGAUUACCCCCGUUUUUGGAGACUGUCUUUUACACGCAAUUCACACUAGCAUGCUGAAACUGGUAAUAUAAAUAUUUAAAGGGAUAAUUCACCCCAAAAUGAAAAUUUUGUCAUUAUUUACUCACCCUCUAGUUAGUCUAGACCUGUAUACAUUUCUUUUUUCUGUUAAACACAGAAGCAAAUAUUUUGAAGAGCGUUUGUAACCAAACAAUUCUGGGACACCAUAGACUACCAUAAAAGUUAAGAAAACUACAAUGGUAGUCAAUGGUGACCCAGAAUUGUUUGGCUUCCCACAUGCUUGAAAAUAUAUUUUUGUGUGUUCAACAGAAAAAAAGAUAUGUAUACAGGUCUGGAACAACUUGAGGAUGAGCAAAUGAUGACAGAAACUCUUGGGUGAACUAUCCCUUUAAGCUUUGCUGGUUAGUUUAAACAUUUCAACCACACAACUGAAAUAGCAGUUGCAGAAUUACUGUGAAUACGUAAAUCUAAUAUAUGAACCAUUCUUGUUACGAGGCUUAUAUGGUACUGUUAAAAAAAGUUAUUUAUGGAACAGAAGGGAGGGCUUUCAAGUACAUGCUAGCACUUCUCUUACGUUGGUGGGUUUUUGUAGGGGAAGAAUAUAAGAGUAGAUUUAUAUUAAUUGACUAUGGCAAUAAUUUGUAUAUUUACAAUAUUUAUAAUCUCAAAGAGCAUUAAAUCCCUUAUCUGAUUUUAUUUAGACAAACCAAUCUUAAAUAAGAUUUAUUAGGCUUGCACUAUUUAUGUUUGGAAUACCACAAAGGACUUGAAUAAACUUUGCUAAUACCUUCAGAAAUGAUGACUCUUGAGGAUGAAAAGAGUUCAAGCACUUGUUAAUCAAAUAAUCUAUUGUACCUUCUCAGGAGCAAAACCAGGUCUUAAUCAUUUCAAUAGUCUUUGUCUAAUGGUUCGAGCUGUUUACGUCACACAUGUGACAUUGCCUCUAAGUGGAAUAGUAGAUAUUCCAUAUAACCUUAGACUUUUGUGUUAAAAUAAGAAAAUAAUGCUAAGUGACAAUAGCAAACGUAUAUGAGCAAUGAAGUUAAACCUUUCAACAAGGAAAGAUAUGAAUGUUUUUGUUUUGUUUUAUAUUGUAAAUAGUGACAUUCUUUGAGAUGUACUAAAAUCCAUUUUUACAAAGCGUUUCUGUCUUAACAUAUCCAGUUGUCUACCUUACAAAGGGUUUUUAUUUGUUAGAAAGUGUCAAAACAAAUCAUUUGAAUCAUGUUUCAACAUUAAAUGUUCUGUCCUGAAACAACUGUGCUAAAAUUUUGAUACAGGUAAUAUAACAAUAUUUGUUGUUGCAUCUUUGAGUCAGUCUUUCUUCUUUUGACUUCAAGGCAAGAAAUGUAAAAUAAUUUUAGAUUUGCUUGGUAAUAUACCAAAGUCAAUAUAUGGGGAUUAGAUAAUCCGAUUUUGUUUUAAUGUCUGUCUAGUUAAACAAAGUAAUAUAUUUUAAGUAAUAUAUUUUUUAAAAGAAGUCUAUUUACGAAUCAUUUUACAAAACAUUUAAGAAACAGGGUAUUUACAAUAUCUUUAUAUUGGCUGUCUCGUCUUGCUAUAUCUUUAUCCAAGGUGUACAUAAACUUUUUACAGUUGUUUUGUACCAGGCCCCUUGUGAUAGUCUGACCCCGAGAAUCUGUUGAUCUUUUCGUAAUUUUACCUGCAAUGCAUUGAUGUGCCCUCACAGUGGAUUUUUAUUUGACUUGUAAAACAGUUUACUUAAAUCCUUACUGAACGACUAGAUUCUUGCAAAAAAAGGUUCCAUCAGGUUCCACCGUUUGUGUUGUAAAAAUAAAAUUUAAACUAUCUUGAUGUGCUGAAUGGUUUUGGGUGUGAGGAUUUUUUAAUGGCUUUCGUUUACUUAUUUUGUCAAUCAGUUACUAUAAACUGUCACCUUCAUUUACAUGUUAAUAAACAUAUGCAGCAUUUACUGUCAACACAUUAGAAAAUAACUGUGAUACCUCUGUUAUACAAUAUAGCGGGUCUUAUAGAACUGACUUGAAUUUUAGUCCCAAAGCUUAUGUUUAGAUCUGAAUACUUGGAAAUGUUUGCAUUUGUCACCGCUAUAAACAAGCAGUGCUUAACUGUUGUUAGUUAUUUACUGCUUUUAUUUCCAUUGAUAUUUGUAAUGCAUGACCUACUACCCCUAACUUUCUAUGCCUGUAAAUUUCACAAAACAAUUGCAUUUUGAUAGAUUCAAUAUUUUCCUGUUACUGGGAUGUUUCAGAAACAAUGGUUGAGGGGGAAAAACUACUUUGAGGCCAUUUAGAAUGGCUUCCACUGUGUAUGUUAUUUUAUAUUUUUUAGAAGUCAAAUACUUCAUGUAAAAUAAAGGGGAAUGUAAUAUAGUUAUUGUAAUCAGCACUUGUAAACAAAGUGUAUUUUAUCAAGAAACAAUAAAAAAUAAA